GCAAAGACAAGAAGAAUGUGGAAGUGCGCUUCAAGUCUUUCAUGGAUCGGUUCAGGAGCCGCAUCCAGAGGGUGAACCAUGAGCAUGCGGUGCAUCAACGGGACGUCAUCAAUGUGGACGCAGGCACCAAGGAGAAGGAGAAGAUAAAGGGGAGAGGCCAGUGGAAGACAUGGACGGCGGCUGCAAUCCUCCGCGUGUCGUUCGGGCCCCAUACAGUUGUGCAGUCAGGUUGGGCAGGUCGACAGCCAAUAUUUUGCGUGUCGGCAAGGUUUUCCCUCAACAGUUUGGCAUUUUGGAUGGGCGUGGGCACCGCGCGGAAUGCGCUCUGUCACUUUUACCUGGGGGAGCAGAAGCGCGGCUUCAUAGAGCAAACGUCGUCGAAGGACCACUGUGCGGUCAUCGGCUAUCACAUUGAGUUCGAUGAGACUGGCCAGUGUCUUCGUCUUCGGAAUGAACAGUGUAGCGCCGAGACCAACACGACACUCUCUGUGUUGGUAUCGCGGGUUACACUGCUUGCCACUGAUGCGACGGGGCAGAUGACCAAUUGCAAGUUUGUGUUCACCUUAGCGAGCAUGAGAUUCAGUGGUGAAUCCGCCAGCUGUGUUGCAGCGGAAGACAGCUACGGCAUUGUGGGUCGCUAUCGAGAAGACACAGCCAGUGCCGCCGCUGA